AUGAGUCUACGCCAGCUCACCAUACGUGCCCCGCAAGCGAGCCGCUCGGUCGGUCGAGUGAGCCGGAUACCGCAUGUCCGGCAGAGAGCCACGAGCUCGCAUGCUGGAGCGUCCACCAGAUCCCCACUCCCGCUACUCGUAGCAGCUGGAGUCGUCACGGGAUUAUCCGCAUACCUCUUGUCCAACCAGAUCAGGCUGGAAGAAGCAAAUACCCCGGUCGAUUCCGGCCACACUGGCAAGCCAGCUAAAGGGGCCAAGAGAGGAAACCAAGGUCCGAUGGUCAAGAUCAAGGAUGUGCUGGACAAGAAGAACAGUGAUGAUGUUUGGGUAGUCAUCAAGGGGGAAGUAUACGACGUAACGGAAUGGGUACAUGACCACCCAGGCGGACCCGAGAUCAUCCUCAACAACAAGUCCAAGGACGUCACACACAUCUUCAACCCUCGACACCCUUCCGAUCAGCUCGAAGGCGAGAAUUUGCCGACGACGGUGCAUCAUCUGGGGAUGCUGCAGACUGAGGGGGCGAGCGAGGAGGACAAGGAGGCGCUGAUGCUGAAAGUCAGCAAGGAUGAGGAGGACGAUGAAGAACGGGUGAGAAAAGCGCGGGAGAAGAUGGAGGAGACGGGUCUGGGGGUCAUCGUGAACAUGAAGGACUUUGAGAAAUUCGCGGAGCCUAUGCUGAGCAAGGUGGCUUGGGCUUACUAUGCCUCUGCAGCGGACGAUGAGAUCACCAAGAACUCCAACGCGAGCGCAUAUCAGAACGUUACUUUCCGGCCUCGGAUAUUGCAACGAGUAGCCAAGGCGGACUGUACCACCACGAUCAUGGGCAAGGAGUCUGCACUUCCUCUGUUUAUCUCUCCAGCCGCGAUGGCCAAGCUCGGGCACCCCGAUGGCGAGAUCAACUUGACCAAAGGCGCCGCCAACACCGGUAUCAUCCAAUGCAUCUCCUCAAACGCGUCCUGCUCAGUCGAAGAGAUCAACGCCGCCCGCGCGCCCGGCCAACCCCUCUUCUUCCAGCUCUACGUCAACCGCAAGCGCGAAGUCGCCGCCGAAUUGAUCAAGAAGGUCGAUCGGCUGGGUAUGGACGCUAUCAUGAUGACUGGAGAUGCACCUGUCGGUGGCAAGCGAGAGCGGGAUUUACGGCUUAAGGGCGAGUUUGAGGGUCCAGCUGGCGGGGUGUCUGAAAAGAGCGGGGAAACGCAGGGUGUCAGCCAGGCUAUGUUCGCGGGUGUGGAUCCUGAUUUGCACUGGGACGACAUUCCAUGGGUCAGAUCGCUCACGGACACACCUAUCAUCAUCAAGGGUGUCCAGACCGUCGAGGACGCCUUGCUUGCAUACGAACGAGGCGCGGACGGUAUCUUGAUCUCGAACCACGGCGGUCGACAGCUCGAUACGACCCGACCAUGCCUCGACGUACUGCUCGAAAUCCGCAAACAUGCCCCUCAGCUCCUCAGGCCCGAGUUCCGCGGGGACACUGGUCUCAAUCCCGAAUCACUGAAGAACCUGGCGCAGGUAGUCCCACCCUCCAGGCCGGGAAAGAUGGAGCGGCCGUUCGAAGUGUAUAUCGAUGGCGGGAUCAAUAGGGGGACGGAUGUCGUCAAGGCACUGUGCCUGGGUGCGAAUGCGGUAGGAGUGGGGAGGGGCUUCUUGUUUGCUCAGAGUGUGGCAGGGGUGGAAGGUGUAGAGCACGCUGUUGGCAUUCUGCAAUCGGAGAUACUGCUGACGCUGCGUCUACUUGGGGUCAACAAGCUGUCUGAGCUGAGACCAAGCAUGGUGGAGGUCAAAUCAUAG